UUCCUUCCUCUCCAGUCUUCACUUCACAGAACACUAGAAAUCGCAGCUCAUGGUUUAUAACUGAGAUGAAAUUUUAGGGUUUGGUCGGACAGCAAACAUGGGUUUAGAAAUUGAAGAAGGAGUGGAGAGGGAUUUGGAGAAGAGUCUGUCUACUUCAGCCGACCCUCUGCCUUCGCCUUCUCCUUCACCGACGGCGACGGCUACGGCUCCGGCUCUGGUCCUGUCAAAUUCCGGGAAAAAGAUCGACCAAGCAGGAAAGAAGAAGUACGUAAAGCAGGUGACCGGUCGGCAUAAUGACACAGAGCUUCAUUUGGCGGCGCAGCGAGGUGAUCUGAUGGCUGUGAAGCAGAUUCUUGUUGAUAUCGACGCCCAAAUGGAUGGUACGAUGAGCGGGGCGGAUUUCGAUGCUGAGGUGGCAGAGAUUCGGUCUGCCGUCGUAAAUGAGGUCAACGAGCUAGAGGAAACUGCGUUGUUUACUGCAGCCGAGAAGGGACAUCUCGAUGUGUUGAAGGAGCUCCUCAAGUAUUCCACCAAGGAGAGUAUUUCCAGGAAGAACCGCUCUGGCUUCAAUGCCUUGCAUAUAGCUGUCAACCAAGGACACCACGCUGUUGUCCAGGUGCUACUUGAACAUGAUCCAGAACUCAGCAAGACACUUGGCCCCCCUUCAAAUUCUACCCCUCUUAUAUCUGCUGCAGAUAGAGGUUAUACGGCAGUAGUCAACGAAUUGCUUUUGAAAGAUUCUAGCCUGCUAGAGAUAUCUCGUUCCAAUGGGAAAAAUGCAUUACAUUUGGCUGCCCGACAAGGGCAUGUCGAAAUUGUAAAAGCACUACUAGACAGGGAUCCACAGUUGGCACGGAGGAUUGACAAGAAAGGGCAGACAGCUUUGCACAUGGCUGUAAAAGGGCAUAGUUGUGAGGUUGUGAAACUGCUUAUUGACGCAGAUGCAGCCAUAGUUAUGCUCCCUGACAAGUCUUGUAACACAGCAUUGCAUGUUGCCACCAGAAAAAAGCGAGCAGAGAUAGUGAAUCAGCUUUUGCUUCUUCCUGACAUGAAUGUCAACGCCCUAACCAGAGACCUCAAGACGGCCUUUGACAUAGCUGAAGGUCUGCCUCUCUCGGAAGAAUCUGCUGAAAUAAAGGAAUGCUUGGCCCACUGCGGUGCUGUCAGGGCAAAUGAGCUAAACCAGCCAAGGGAUGAGCUGAGGAAGACUGUAACAGAGAUUAAGAAAGACAUCCAUAGCCAGCUUGAACAGGCCAGAAGAACCAACAAGAAUGUCCAUGGGAUUGCCAAGGAUCUCAGGAAGCUGCAUAGGGAAGGGAUCAACAAUGCCACCAAUUCUGUGACUGUGGUAGCAGUGCUCUUUGCUACAGUAGCAUUUGCAGCUAUCUUCACUGUACCUGGUGGGGCUGAUAACAACGGGUUGGCAGUGACGGUGAGCCGUCCUUCAUUCAAGAUCUUCUUCUUAUUUAAUGCAGUUGCACUCUUUACAUCCUUAGCGGUCGUCGUCGUACAGAUCACACUGGUUAGAGGGGAGACAAAAUCGGAGAGGAGGGUUGUGAAGGUGAUUAACAAGUUGAUGUGGUUGGCAUCUGUGUGCACAUCAGUUGCGUUUAUUGCUUCCUCAUAUAUAGUGGUGGGCCGAUGUAAUCAGUGGGCAGCAAUUCUGGUUACUGUCAUUGGGGGAGUCAUAAUGGCUGGAGUUAUUGGCACCAUGACAUACUAUGUGUUGAAGUUUAAGCGAAGGCGAUCUAUCAGAAAGAGGGACAAGUCUUCAAGGAGGAGCGACUCUUGUUAUCAGUCCGAGCUAUCUGAUUCAGAGGUCAAUACAAUUUAUGCCCUGUAAGACGGGUCCCUGGAAUGGACAUGAGUGGCACUGUUUUAUGUGUGUGUAAUGUCUGAACACCCCUCUCC